UACAUAGUCAUGAAUUUUUAAGUUAACAAUGGUAAAGAAUAUUUUUAAUCUACACUAGACAGUUCACACCCAUUUAGAAUGAAAUCGUAAAUAAAGAGAUGGAGUAUCCUGAUUGGCUCAACACAUCUCUGCUAGAGUCGGCUCUCAGAGUGGAUCAGAGGGUUGUUGUGAGGAGCUUUACUGCUUUCCCUGCUACAGAAGCUGGUGAUAACUACACCAGCAACCUCUUCAGGGUGGAAGUACAAUACCAACUCGACCAAUCAGAUGCUAGAACAACCUCACUUAUCAUCAAAGUACCUUACUGCCAAGGAAUGUUCAAAGAACUUUCAGAGAAAUUCGACUUUUUUGGAGCUGAACCACUUCUUUACAACCAACUUUUACCUAAUAUGUCAAAGAAGAUGAAUUGUGAUUUUUACCCAAAGUCGUAUCCGUGUUCAAUAAAAAAUGGACUUAUACUGGAAGAUCUCAGACCUGCUGGAUAUGUAUUAAAAGACAGAUUAGUGUGGUUAGACUUUGCUCAUUGCAAGUUAGUAGUUGAAAAUUUAGCUAGGUUUCAUGCGGGUUCAGUAGCAUGCUAUCAAGAAAAUCCGGAACUUGUUGAUAAAAUAGGAAAGGAAAAGUUUUUUGUUGGGGAGAGAAUGAAACAGUGGGCUGAAUCUUCUUUUAGUGAAUGUGCAAAGACUCUGGCUGAAAUUAAUGCUGACAGAAAGUUUGCUGAUUUGCUUACCAGCAAAGCUGAUGGAAUUUGGGAAUCAACGCUAAAUUUGAUUAAACCAAAACCAGCUUCACUAAACGUUUUGAACCACGGAGACAUUUGGAUCAACAAUAUACUGUUCAAGUACACACAAUCCGCAGAAGUGAGUAAUUUAAAAUUUCUAGAUUUCCAACUCACCAGGUAUGGGUCCCCAGUCUUAGAUUUGAUAUUCUUCACUUGGACCAGUGCAAAUGAAGACGUAAGAGAAAAUCUUGAAGAUCUUUACAAAAUAUAUCUGCAGACACUUAAUCAAACUUUAGAGAACCUGAAGUGUAAAGAGAGGAUGUCUUUUGAAACUCUUCAAAAAGACCUAAAAACUCACUCUGACUGGGCACUCAUGGUUGUUUGCUUUAUAAACAACUUCAUCAUGCGGGGUUCAGAGGAGUUUAUUGAUGUGAGCAGUUUGACGAAGGAGCAACAGCAGAACAUAAGCAGCGAUCCAAGGUUUCCAAAGGUAUUUAGGAAUAAAUACUAUAAACCACUUCUCCCAGGCAUAGCAAGGCAGCUGUCUCAGUGGUUGGAAUUAUGAAGGUUGUAUAAAAGAUAAUCAAAGGUAUUACGCAUCCAUGGAGAAGUCCAGGUAUAGCAAGGCAGCUGUCUCAGUAGUUGGAAUUAUGAAGGUUGUAUAAAAGAUAAUCAAAUCUAUUACGCAUCCAUUUUAUUUGACUGUUUAAUUUACUUAAUAUAUUUUUCACCACACUAUGAUGUUUUUGGCUGUAUUACAUACGUUAAUUGAUGGCUGAAACUUACGUUUUGCUGGCCAUGCCAGCUGUCGUUGUAAUUUGGGGACCGAGCAGGUUUUUACAGGCCGGGCCGCAAAAUCAGCUGUUCGCUUACUUACUGUACUGCUAUUCUUAUAAUAUUGUUUUGCAUUUUAAGUUCACAAUCAAAAUCCAUAGCAUUGCAUUAGAAUUGUGUUAUUGUCACCGUUGCCUAGCAACUAUUUAUUUUUAUUUUUGCUGAUUCCUCAAAUUAUUUGUUCACAUAACCUUAUAGUUAUAGUUGUGUUGACUAUCAGUGUGCAUUAUUACAGUGGUGAAUAGUGGUAAUAGGGUAUAAUGUGGUGAAAAAUAGCGUUCGUACCACGGACCGAAAUGGUUUUGCAGCUCUCGAUCGAUUUGAGUUCUCGACUUCGUCUCGAACUUAAAACUAUCUCGAGCCGGCAAAACCUCAUUUUCGGCCCUAGGUACGAAAUAUACUAUUUCACCACACUAUGAUGUUUUUGGCUGUAUUACAUACGUUAAUUGGUGACUGAAAGUUACGUUUUGCUGGCCAUGCCAGCUGUCAUCGUAAUUUGGGGACCGAGCAGGUUUUUACAGGCCGGGGCCGCUUACUUACUUAAAACAUGAAUGCAUUUUAAAUACACAAUCAAAAUCCAUAGCAUUGCAAUAGAAUUGUGUUAUUGUCACCGUUGCCUAGCAACUAUUUAUUUUUAUUUUUGCUGAUUCCUCAAAUUAUUUCUUCACAUAACCUUAAAGUUGUAGUUGUGUUGACUAUCAGUGUGCAUUAUUAUGGUGGUAAAUAUAGUGGUAAUAGGGUAUAGUGUGGCGAAAAAUAGCGUUCGUACCACGGACCGAAAUGGUUUUGCAGCUCUCGAUCGAUUCGUCUCGAACUUAAAAACUAUCUCGAGCCGGCAAAACCUCAUUUUCGGCCCUUGGUACGAAAUAUGCUAUAACAGUAUCAAUCACAAUAAAUAAAUUACAAAUCUUAGAUUUAACCAAAAAAAUCUGAAAUUGUUAAAAUAAUAUCUGUGCGAGUCAUAGUAAGUUUGUAGUAAUAACCCAAACCCAAACCAAAAGGGAGACACAAAUCUCAUUAAACAACACAAUAUUGUGAAAGUAUAAGCUCAAGCUGUUACACUCUAGGUUGAGAUCCUGAGUUUUGUUGAACCAACAUUGGAGUUUGGUGAAUUGGAAUAAAUUGAACUCAAUGAAAAAAACUAACUGCAGAGUAUACAAAACACAACAAAACGAACAAAUAAUUGACACAAUAAACAAGAAAUUGCAAAUAAAGCUAGCUCACAGUUUCCAGGAUUGAUCAUUUAACAAUUUAAGCUGGAAUAAACAUGUAGAUAAAACAUGAAGAUUAUCCAAAUUAAUUUAGGAAAUCCAUUCACUUUUUAAGAUACCAUCCUUUUUGAAUAAAGAAAAGCAUUAAAAUAUAUACAUUUUGGGAAUACUCAUUCUCAUUUAUAUAUUUUUGCCUUUAUGGUUCAACCACAAAAUCAAAUACGGACAGUAUUCUUAAACUGAAUGUUUUAGCUAUGGAUUAUAAUAAAAUUGGGGUUUUACAACGUUGAAAGCGGUGCAAAUGUAUUGUCAAAAGAUAAAUAUAAGAAUUGGGUUAUUUAACGAUUUAUGGACAAGUAUAUCACAUCAACUAUCUAAAAAAAUUACUUAGAACACUUUGACUUUUAAAGCCUCUAGUAGACUACAAUAGCAGACAUUAAAAAUGCAUCAUUCCAAUGCGACAUAAAUGAACUUAAAAAAAAAACCCUUAUGUAGGGCUAAAAUUCUUGACAAAAUUACCAGAUUAAAUUAAAAAUUAAGAAAUUUUAACUAAUUUAAAAAACAAAUUUAAUAAUUAUUUGUUGGAAUAAUCCAUAUAUUUCCUUAAAGAAUUCUUUUCUGCCCACCAUAUACUUAAACCAUUUAAUUAUAUUUGUAUUUUAUUUUUAUGAAAUAGACUUAACAAGAGAGCAUUUUUAGAGAGAGAGGAUAUGAAGAAACCCAAAAAACAUACGCAGGUGUACACCAGGUGUGAUUAUUUGUUUGUAUUACUGUAUUCUGUUUUGUUUAUUUCAGCUUAACUUAACCAAUCAAUAGUUUUAUUAAUACUUAUGAAGUGAAACUGGGUGAAGCCCGUGGGUAGCAUUGACUAUUGAGGCGAACAGUUAGGACUACAUGGUCCUUUCUUACAGUUAACCUUGCAAAUCUAAAUAUAAACUAAACAAUGAUUUUCUUAACAAACAAUGAAUUUAAAUUUGAAACCAAAUAUAGCUUAUCAAUUGUUGUGGACAUUCAAUACUAGAUUUUAAUUUUUGAGAAAACGUGUGUGCCUUAGUGCCCUAGUACCACAGAAUAGAUUAGGUACAUUUAAAUCUACUUGGUUAUAUGUUAUAUGUUGAUGUAGAGUUUUUCGAUUUUAUAACAGUAUUUCAGUAUAAUGAUCUUAGGGUCACAAAAUAGAACAAUUUGUUGAUGAACUGUCAAGAAAGGUGUUGAUAUGACUUAUUCUAAUUGGAAAAAAUUCUUCAUUCUCUAACUUUUAACAUGUACUACAUUCACAAUAUUUUAAUGUGACGUAAAAUUUGCUUAAAACCUUAAAAAUAAAACAUCAAUAAAAUAAAUUGUCGUCUGAAACAAACAUUUUAUACUUUACUCCGGUUUCAUAUUGUUUGUUAAAUAUGAAUUCUA